GACGGAGGUGACAGGGUCACUGUGAGAGACUCUGCAGAGCCUUUCUUGGCCAGCGCUUUCUUUCUUUGGCUCCUGAGUUGGUUGGGUUGUUUGCGGUCGCCAAGGUCGGAGCUGCGAACGGAGGGGCUGGCUCCGCGCUGUCUGGGUGCUGCUACCUCACUCGUAGGUGUAGCCCUGAUGGUACGGCAAGCCGUGGACUAUUGAGACUCUGGAGCGAAUUUAAGAAGAUUUUAUUCAUGUGCAUGGUAUAGAAGAUGAAUUCUUCCUGCUCCACCAUGAAUGAAGAACCUGAUGCUCUAUCAGUAGUUAACCAGCUACGAGAUCUAGCAGCAGAUCCCUUAAAUAGAAGAGCCAUCGUCCAGGAUCAGGGAUGUCUGCCUGGCCUCAUUUUAUUUAUGGACCAUCCCAACCCCCCUGUUGUUCACUCUGCUUUGCUUGCUCUUCGAUACUUGGCAGAGUGCCGUGCAAACAGAGAGAAGAUGAAAGGAGAACUGGGUAUGAUGUUGAGCUUGCAAAAUGUUAUACAGAAGACUACAACUCCAGGAGAAACAAAACUUCUGGCCUCUGAAAUCUAUGACAUUCUUCAGUCCUCCAAUAUGGCAGAUGGUGAUAGUUUCAGUGACAUGAAUUCACGUCGAAGAAAAGCUCAGUUUUUCCUAGGAACUACAAACAAACGUGCCAAAACAGUGGUUUUGCAUAUAGAUGGUCUUGAUGAUACGUCUCGGAGAAAUCUAUGUGAAGAAGCUUUGUUAAAAAUUAAAGGCGUUAUUAGCUUUACUUUUCAAAUGGCUGUUCAGAGAUGUGUGGUGCGAAUCCGUUCAGAUUUGAAGGCAGAGGCUUUGGCAUCAGCAAUAGCAUCGACCAAGGUUAUGAAAGCGCAGCAAGUUGUGAAAAGUGAAAGUGGAGAAGAGAUGUUGGUCCCAUUCCAAGAUACUCCUGUGGAAGUAGAACAGAACACAGAGCUGCCUGACUACCUGCCUGAGGAUGAGAGUCCCUCAAAAGAGCAGGACAAAGCAGUGUCCCGUGUGGGCUCACACCCAGAGGGUGGAGCUAGCUGGCUGAGCACAGCAGCAAACUUUUUAUCCAGAUCGUUCUACUGGUGACUUCAAUUUGGGGCUCAAGGACUGUGUGAACCAACAAGGGGCCAGCUUUCCAUUGUUGUGGUGAACUGUCAAGUGCAAUUUGCAAUAAGUUAUCAUGAAAAGUUUUUAGAUUACAUAAUUGCGUAUGCUGCAUUUUACAUCUUAUUGGACAUUUUACCCCCCACUGAGUGGUAAAAAGGACAGAGGCUACGGGUAGGAUCGCUUUGUUUAUGAAGGUAUUUUGGUUUUGUUUUCCUUCGUUUAAUUGCCUCACUUUUUAAACAUGGGUCCACUGUAAAAACCAAACGUGUAUGUGCAGCUUUACAUUUUAUUUUACAUGAAGCACGUGAUUAGGAAAACUUUUCUCCUCAAGCCUCAGGACCUAUCUGAAGAGUUUUUUUGGUAGCUCAAAUUGUGCAUGAAUUACUGAACAUUUUUCUCUGCUUUUCUUCACGAAAGAUGCAAGCUUUGUUACUCUUCACUGAAAGUUGAAAACAUUUCUCAUUACCCUUCUUUUGUGCCUUUUUUUAUUUUGCCAACCAUGUUUAUCGAAAGGAUAUUACUAAUGACAUAUUGCAAAUUAAAAUAUAUUCAUUUGAACAUACUAGUUCCCUAAAAAUACAACUCUACAAAAACUUAGCAGUCUUGUUUGUUAUAAUUUUAGUAAGAUUAACAGAAAAUCAUUUGAGAAGGAUUUUGGAGAGUAUUUGAAUGUGCCCAAAUGUGGUUCUAGUUCCCUACUGUCCACUUUGGUUUAUAUCAGCUCCGGAGAGUUGAUUCCACCACGAUGUUGCAAGCAUCUGUCAAUGGUCUCUAGGCCUUACUUUAUGAUCACACACUAUCUUCUAGAAAAAAAAUAAUUGUAGUAAAAAACUGACAGACUUGAAAAAAGAAAAAAAUUGAAUGCCUGUAAUGCCAUAGUGCCACUUUGGGAGAGUCUAAUUUUAAAACAUGAAUCGUUUGGCAGAAGCCUAUUCAGUAGAUGUUUCUUUGUGUUGUCUUUUAUGAAUUUAUUAUUAAAAUGCUGCAGUCUCGUUGAAUGAAAAAAGACCUACAUGAUUGCUUAUAAAGAAAUAAAGCCAGCCUUGGUCACUUAA